GAUCCCAGGGAAACAUACGUCACAGCGACGGCAGAACGAGGCGAGGAAGGUUCUGGUGUGUGGUUGCCUGUAAAAAGGAAAGCAAAAUAAAUGUCGUACACUAAGUUCGUAGCAGCGCUUGUUAGGGCGAACCCGGGACAUGUGAGGAAUGUACGCAUAUCACCGGGAAGAUGUCGAUCAACAGUGGCAUCCACCAAGAGCAAAGAGGAGAAACAUCAACAGAUCGAUGGCUGCAGCGUGGUGGAAGCCGAGCCCGUGGAACUCAUCAGCCAGGGAACAACUGCUAAAAAGACACAGUUAAAUAAAAUCAGCAUCGACUUCGACAACACACAGGAAGCAUACAGAAGCAAAGAUAACAUUGAACUGCUUCGAAGUAUGCUGGUUUUCAAGCUCUGCACCAUUGAUGUCCUUGUUGAAAAGAACAAAGAGUUGAUGGACCUGAGUAAGAAGGUGUUUGGUCAGUGGAUGUUUGAGAAGAUGAUGAAGUUGACCUUCUAUGGUCAGUUUGUGGCAGGGGAAGACCACAACUCCAUCAAACCUUUAAUCAGGAAGAACCAGGCUUUUGGUGUUGGUGCAGUUUUGGACUAUAGUGUUGAAGAGGACUUGACACAAGAGGAGGCAGAAAAGAAGGAAAUGGAUUCAUGUGUUUCUGAAGCAGAGAAAGAGAGUCCAGGAGCGGAUCGUCGUGACGAGAAAUACAAAGCCCAUCGUCAGUUUGGGGACAGGCGUGGAGGGGUCACUAGUGCCCGUACCUACUUCUAUGCAGAUGAAUCCAAAUGUGACAACCAAAUGGAGACAUUCAUUAACUGCAUUAAAGCCUCCGGAGGAGCAUCAUCAGAUGGAUUUUCUGCCAUCAAAAUGACUGCUCUUGGACGGCCACAGUUCCUUCUUCAGUUUUCAGAAGUCCUGGUUAAAUGGAGGCAAUUCUUUAGAAUCCUCGCAGCGCAACAAGGAAAAUCUGACAUGAAGGUGUUGGAACAGAAGCUGGAGCUGGAACAACUCAAGGAAGGUUUGGCUAAGAUGGGUGUUGGAGCCAAGGACGAAAUAGAGAACUGGAUAUCUGGAGAGAAGCUGGGUUUGUCAGGAACUUUGGAUCUGUUGGACUGGAACAGCUUGAUAAACGAUACAACAGCAAUCUCAAAUCUGCUUAUGGUGCCAAACCUUGAGACGGGCCAGCUGGAACCUUUGAUGAAAAAGUUUACAGCCGAGGAGGAGAGGCAGAUGAAGAGAAUGCUACAGAGAGUGGAUGUCCUGGCAAAGCAUGCCAUUGAGAAUGGGGUCAGGCUGAUGGUGGACGCCGAGCAGACAUACUUCCAACCCGCUAUUAGUCGCCUGACGCUGGAAAUGCAGAGGAAAUUCAACAGAGAGAAGCCCAUCAUUUUCAACACUUACCAGUGUUACCUCAAGGACGCCUAUGACAAUGUGACUGUAGAUGUCGAGCUUUCCCGACGGGAGGGAUGGUACUUUGGGGCCAAACUGGUCCGUGGAGCCUACAUGUACCAAGAGAGAGACCGGGCCAAAGAGAUCGGCUACGAAGACCCAAUAAACCCCGACUAUGAGGCCACCAACAGGAUGUAUCACAAGUGUUUGGAGUACAUGCUGGAGGAGAUUGAUCACAGCAGGAAAGCAAACAUCAUGGUGGCUACUCACAACGAGGACACGGUGAAAUACACCCUUGAAAAAAUGAAUGAGAUGAACCUAUCCCCCGCCGAGAACAAGGUUUAUUUUGGACAGCUGCUCGGCAUGUGUGACCAGAUUAGCUUCCCGCUAGGUCAAGCAGGUUUCCCGGUCUACAAGUACGUCCCAUACGGCCCCGUCAACGAGGUCAUCCCGUAUCUGUCGCGCCGCGCUCAGGAAAACAGAGGCUUCAUGAAGGGAUCGCAGAGAGAGCGCACCCUGCUGUGGAUCGAGCUGAAACGCAGAGUUCUGGCUGGACAGAUUUUUUACAAACCUGUCUACUGAGUCACUGGAACACAACAUACUACCUGCAGGAUGUCUGUCAGCAUUCCACCAGCUAACUGCGCUUUAUAAAGGAAGAUUAAUGUCCUUCCUUGGUUGGUUAGGUAACACAGUACGGAGGACGGUAUUGCAGUUUUACUGAGAUUUAGUUUGCGAUAGAGAUUAUUUUUGAAACAGACGUGUUCAAAUUUUGAGAUAUUGAUGAGAUACAUGUGCUGCUAUAUUUAGAAGUAAUGAUUUAUUUUUGUCUCUAAAUCAGAAUUUGUAUAUUAAACCAGGGUAACUCUGAGUCAACUCAAAAUUGUGUGUAUGCAUAGCAGAGGAGGUUAAGUUGUAUUUAGAUAAACAUGUCCUUUGAUUUUUUAAUAGUAAAAGUUUGAUGUCAGUCAGUGACUAUACAACUUGUACACUUCUCUGAGGGGAUUGUAAAUACGGAGCACGUUUCAUUUAUCUUGCUGUAUGUCAUUAUUUAACAAAGACUAAGUUUCUUAUUGUAAACUGUUUCCUUUUAUCUGCUGCGGAUAUCUGGAAAUGAUCUACCUACCGAUGACGUUACUGUAUCUAACCUUCAUUCGCCUACAACAAAACAAACCCUUUUCUCUGUCUACUGAGCGGUGAUUCAAGAGUUACUGUCAUGAUUUCAUAUUUGUCUGAAGUCAACAGCGGCAGAGGUUCAAAGCAGAAAACUAUAAAUGUAUGUGCUCUUAAAAAAAGCCUUAUUUUGAAAGAAAGAUGCACCCAAACUGUCUGCAAUGUGGCAUUCUGUGCAUUGGAGGAGAAACUGCCUGUAUGUAUGUUUGUUUGUUUUGGUUGUAAUAUCAAAAGGAAUGGCAAAUGUAUCUGGGUUUUGGUUGACUGAAUAUCCUAUUUUAAACUGCUGUUUUUAUGACUAUAAAUGAAUACUUUAAAUUGUCUUUAUACAUUUAGGUAAAACUAUAAAAUUGAAAACUGAAUCGAAGUUGACCCUUUUGUAAAAUAUACAAAGUAUUUUUAGACUUGGCAAAAGCUGUUUAAUGUCUUUAAUAAAGUUGGUGUUGCAUGUGAA